CCGGGCCGUGUGGCGGGCGUGGCCUAGCGGUGUGACUUCUUGGGGAGGCUCUGGCAGCCGUGGCUCGGGGCGCUGGGCAGAGGUGGUGAGCUAUGGCGGCGGCGGUGGCGGCAGCGGCAGCUGUGCGGACCCGGAUCCUGCAGGUUUCUUCUAAAGUAAACACGUGGCAUCCAGCAUCUUCCUUUUCUUCGUCAUCAGUGCCAACUGUAAAACUCUUCAUUGAUGGGAAAUUUGUUGAAUCCAAAAGUGACAAAUGGAUUGACAUCCACAACCCAGCUACCAAUGAGAUCAUCGGUCGGGUACCUCAGUCCACCAAAGCUGAAAUGGAGGCAGCUGUUGCUGCCUGCAAGCGUGCUUUCCCUGCAUGGGCAGACACAUCCAUUUUAAGCCGUCAGCAGGUCCUGCUCCGCUAUCAACAACUUAUUAAAGAAAACCUGAAAGAAAUUGCCAAGUUAAUCACAUUGGAACAAGGGAAGACUCUAGCUGAUGCUGAAGGAGAUGUAUUCCGAGGCCUUCAGGUGGUUGAACAUGCCUGUAGUGUGACAUCCCUUCUGAUGGGAGAGACCAUGCCAUCUAUCACCAAAGACAUGGACCUUUAUUCCUACCGUCUGCCUCUGGGUGUGUGUGCAGGCAUUGCACCAUUUAAUUUCCCUGCUAUGAUCCCCCUUUGGAUGUUUCCCAUGGCUAUAGUUUGUGGAAACACUUUCCUAAUGAAGCCAUCAGAGAGAGUACCUGGAGCAACUAUGCUUCUUGCAAAAUUGUUUCAGGAUUCUGGUACCCCGGAUGGAGCACUGAACAUCAUCCAUGGACAGCAUGAAGCUGUCAAUUUUAUUUGCGAUCAUCCAGACAUCAAAGCAAUCAGCUUUGUGGGCUCCAACCAGGCAGGAGAGUACAUCUUUGAAAGAGGGUCAAGAAAUGGCAAGAGGGUUCAAGCCAAUAUGGGAGCCAAAAACCAUGGGGUAGUCAUGCCAGAUGCCAAUAAGGAAAAUACACUAAACCAACUGGUUGGAGCUGCAUUUGGAGCUGCUGGCCAACGCUGCAUGGCUCUUUCGACAGCCAUCCUUGUCGGGGAAGCUAAAAAGUGGCUGCCAGAGUUGGUGGAGCGUGCCAAAAAUCUGCGAGUCAAUGCAGGGGACCAGCCUGGAGCUGAUCUUGGCCCUCUGAUCACCCCCCAGGCCAAAGAGCGAGUCUGCAGUCUGAUCGAUAGUGGAACAAAAGAGGGAGCCACCAUCCUUUUGGAUGGGCGAAAAAUUAGAGUCAAAGGCUAUGAAAAUGGUAACUUUGUUGGGCCAACCAUCAUCUCUAAUGUCAAGCCAAGUAUGACCUGUUACAAGGAGGAGAUUUUUGGUCCAGUUCUUGUGGUUCUGGAGACGGAGACAUUGGAUGAAGCCAUCAAGAUCGUAAAUGACAACCCCUAUGGAAAUGGAACUGCCAUCUUCACCACCAAUGGAGCCACUGCACGCAAAUACUCUCACAUGGUGGAUGUCGGACAGGUGGGCGUUAACGUCCCCAUUCCAGUGCCUUUGCCGAUGUUUUCCUUCACCGGUUCUCGAUCUUCCUUCAGGGGAGACACCAACUUCUAUGGCAAACAGGGCAUCCAGUUUUACACUCAGCUAAAGACUAUCACAUCUCAGUGGAAAGAAGAGGAUGCCACUCUUUCCUCACCUUCUGUAGUCAUGCCUACCAUGGGGCGUUAGGAACACGUUCUUCAAGAGUCAGUUCAACCGCAGUAAUUUCCCUUCACUCUUGGCCACCCUCCCUUGCCAUCUUUGCUCAAAUCAGAUCCAUGAGUUGAAGUCAAACUCUGUCUCACAACUGUCAGUUCCUUCACAUUAAUAGGGAGACUGCAGGGAAACACUAAUGUAAUGCACUUGCUCUGCACUUGCUCUUCAUAUGUCUGUUCUGGGGGUAACUUGUAAUUGUGAAGUGUUGACCUGGAAUGAGAGCUUAGAACCAUCUUCUAACAGUUCUCGUCUUCUGAUGACUUGGAGGGCAAUGUCAGUAUAGGGACAGAUCUUCCAGUAAUUGCAAGAUCUCUUGGAUAGGGAAAUGGGAUGGACACAGUUCACCCUCUACUUGAGCCUCAAACACAGCCCUCCAUUGAUUCCCACACUACAAAGAUGUAACCUACUUUUACUUGCCCCACAUUGUGACACCUGCUUCUUUUCUGCUUGGUGCCACCUUCUUUUGAUUCAUGACCACUAUUUAAUCCUAUCACUGUCCAUGUUCUUUUCUUAAAAUGCUUCUCAGAUACCUCAGGAUGCAAGUGAUAUGUCAGCUUUUCAUUAUGUGUGCCAUUUUUCAUGGUUUGCUUUAGCAAUCAUUAAUACUCCAGCCAUUAAUUCACAUGCAAAUAAAUCCUUAGAAAAAUUAUUUCACAAGUUAUUUUUGACCCAGCAAUCAAAGAAUGUUCCAAUUACGAAUGUGGGUAAGAUACUUUGCCUUAACCUAUUAUUUGCCAAAAUUUAUGCUAUUCUUUCUUUUGCCAGUACUUCUCAUUAGUUGUUACUCUUUAAUGAAAGAUCUCUUCACACAGCAGAAUUGGCCGGGCUACCAGAAACUUAAGUUUCCAUGCCUUCACAGUGCCACCACUUGAUCACAGGCUUUAACCUUGCUUCUCUGAUGCUCCAACUCGAAGCCAGAAGAGGCUGAUGUGCUGGACACAAUAGCUGGUCUGUCCUGUGUCAAGCCCGGCUUUCUGCACUAGAUGGCUGCUGGCUCUGCUAGCCAAGUCUCCAGUGCACAGUACGAUGUGGUGCUGGUCAUUCACUGCGCUGCUCUGCAGUCCAUCAGGUUAGCCGGUGAGUUCAAGUGAAGGUGGGAAAAACCUUACAAUUCCUCGGGUAGAAUUCAGAGCCUUCAGUCACUCUGAUUUUCUGUUUCCCAUCAUAAAGCCAAGAGGAAAUUUGUAGUUUGUGAUUACAACCCAGUAAUUUUGAAUUGGGUUGAAAAAUGGUUAUCAUCUAAAUUCCAAGUAGCAUUUAGUCACAGAGACUCCUAACAUUUUUCUUAGAUAUGAAGGAAGUUACUUUUUAAAAACACUGACUGAUCAGAACUGUGUCACUCUAAUUAGAAUAAACUGAUCUGGUCAGCUUUCUGUGCUCAAAGAGUUUAUUUCUUAGAUGAAAUCUGCCGUCAUAUUCAGGUUAGUGUAACUAAAACAGAAAACCAGAAUUUUCCCUUUUUGCUCUUUUAUGACCUCAUUUGAAUUUUGUCAGAUUGUGUACUAAUUAUGUAUAACCAAGUACAAAUAAAAAACCCUUGGGGGGAAAACACA